ACUAUGCAUAUUGCGUACAAAACCCUAGCAUAUACGGAGGAUUUGAUAUUUAAGCUUCUGCCCAGCUCCCACCGUCAAUCGCCAUUCGCUGCUAAAAGGUAGAUUCCUCAUACAAGAAAAAAGACAUGGAAUUUUCUCUAGAUGUUGCUUUGCUUGAGUUGCAAAAGUCAUGCAAAAACAAAUCUCCGGAAAACCUUACGAUAUCACCCUUCGGUAUCUCAGUAAUACUCCACAUGAUUGCCAACGGAGCAGCAGGGCCUACCUUGGAUGAACUGCUUCACUUUCUCCGGGUAGAAAAGAUUGAGGAUUUGGAUUUAAAGGCCCCAAAGCUAAUGCAGAUCGCCAAAUCUUCCAGCAAUCUCGAAACGAAUGAUGGCCCAGUAAUCUGCAAUUUUAAUGCUGUUCUUGUGAGUCACAAACGUACUCUCAAAGAAAGUCACCGAGAAUUUCUGGAAAAUAUGUUUCAUGCCAAAGUCAAGUAUGUUGAUUUUUCUCGCAAGGGUUAUCAUGAAGCAGAGUAAUAAAUGUCGAUAUUGACAAGGAGGAGGCAUUCUAAGGUUUAUGUGCAAUGGUAUGUAUCCUUUCUUUCUAGCAUUUGAAAUUUAAUUGGGGAACCAGUUAAUAUUUCGUGUUUCAUCAACUUGCAAGUCAGAGCAAACCUGUCAGGGGCUUUGAAUGCAAUGAUUUUCAUUUGUAAGGCUAUUUCAAGUUGGCAGGUUAUCUGCAAUGGUAUGUAUCUUUUGUAAUUUCAAGUUGGCAGGUAAUGUGCAAUCCGUUCUAAAUAAUUUGUGAUGCUGCUUUUCUCAUGUUUUUUUUGCUUUCAGGAAUGAGGAGUUGAGCACACCUGAGGUAGCCAUUAGCUCAGAAUCGAAACUUCCUCCAAAAUGACCCAUCGACUUAUAUUUGGUUUUAUAGUAUUAGGAAUUAUGACUAGUAGUAGGUUCAGGUAUUAAUGAUAUGGUAGAAGAAAUUGUUUGUUUCAAUUUAUAUAAAAUAAUUGAUAUUGGAAGUGGCAGGAAGGGAUGUUUUUGUCAUGGCUAGGGAUUGCAAAUCUGCAGAGGAAGGAGGAGGAUGAAUGUUUUGCAGAAUUGCAGAUUUCAGUAUUCCACCCUUGCACUGGAUCAAGCUUGUUUCGGGAAGUGAAGUCUACUAAUGUUAGAGCAGUUUGAGUACAGAAAGAUUAAACAAUCGUGUUGCUAUUACUUGCUUCCUUUUUCAAUUCACUUGUAGAUGUACGAAAAACAAGUUUAUUUAUAUCUUUUUUAACAUUGUUAUUCUUUCAAAAAAACAUUGUUAUAUUAUAAUUGAAAUUCUGGUAUUAGUGUCUAUUUCUUCAUUGGAUACAAUAAUAUGUUACUCC